UUUGCCACUUUCCUUCUUUCUUUGUUGAAUCGUCAAACCGAAUUAUUCGGCUUGAGUUGAUAGCAGCAUGGUGAACGGACGUAUCCCUUCGGUCUUUUCGAAGACCUAUGUCACUCCUCGCCGUCCUUAUGAAAAGGCCCGCUUGGACCAGGAAUUGAAGAUCAUUGGUGAAUAUGGUCUCCGCAACAAGCGUGAGGUCUGGCGUGUCAAGUAUGCCUUGGCUAAAAUCCGUAAGGCUGCUCGUGAAUUGUUGACUUUGGAAGAGAAAGACGAAAAGAGAUUGUUCCAAGGUAACGCUUUGUUGCGUCGUUUGGUUCGUAUCGGUGUGUUGGAUGAAUCCCGCAUGAAGCUCGAUUACGUUUUGGGCUUGAAAAUCGAAGAUUUCUUGGAACGUCGUCUCCAAACCCAAGUCUUCAAAUUGGGAUUGGCCAAAUCUAUCCAUCAUGCCCGUGUCUUGAUCCGUCAACGUCACAUUCGCGUCCGCAAACAGGUGGUCAACAUUCCCUCAUUUGUGGUCCGUUUGGAUUCCCAAAAACACAUUGACUUCUCCUUGAAGUCGCCCUUCGGUGGCGGCCGCCCUGGCCGCGUGAAGAGGAAGAACAUGAAGAAGAACCAAGGUGGUUCUGGUGGUGCCGAAGAAGAAGAAGAUUAAACUACUGGAAAUGUAAAAUCAUCUUCAACUUUUUGCUUAAGGACCUAAAACAAAGUUUAUUUGUUUGCUUGUUUUUUUACGUGAUGAUUAGAAAAAGCAAAUAAAUAAUAUUUUAAAUUGUAAAA